AUGCUGAACCGGUGGACCAGAGGAGCCAAAUGUACACCGAGCAACCGAACGACCGAGCGACCGGGCAAUCGGGUAAUCGUCCAAUCAGCAGAGUCCACCGAUUCGGCUAAUUGGGAAGGGGGCCGUAGCCAAGAUUCCAGACGAGUCUGGGAUGCAGGGCAGGGGGGGAUAGCUGGAGGGGGUCGUCGACUGAUGGGUCCAUUUGGGGCGAAGCUGAAGAGGAGGAGGGAGGCUGGUGGGCUUGUCAGAAAACCGGGCGAGGCGUGGAGAACAUGCGUUGUCCGAGGCCGUUAA